UAUUAAACAAUGAUUGUGAUUUUUUAUUUUAAAGUAAAAUUUUUAAUUGACAAAAUUGAGGUCCUCAGCUUUGUGAUCUGUAAGUGUAAUGGAAUUGCAGAUUCGUGGAGUGCUGAACACAUUGAGUUGGGGUAUUUUGAUGCCUCUCGGUGCCACAAUGGCAAGUAGUGAGUCUGCAGGAAUUCAGUACACUUCUCACAGAAAUAUUGGUACCACACUCUUUGGCCUUGCAAUGCUUCAGGUAUUUGCUUUGCUUUUGAGGCCAAAACUGGAUCACAAGUUUGGAGUGUACUGGAACAUCUACCAUCAUUUGGUAGGAUACACAGUCAUCAUUCUCAGCAUCAUCAGCAUAUUCAAUGGAUUUGAUAUCCUGAAUCCCGAAAAGAAGUGGAAGAAUGCUUACAUUGGUAUCAAUGUGGCUUCGGCUUUCAUUUCUGUUCUCUUAGAAGCUUAUACAUGGGUUGUUGUGUUGAAGAGGAAAAGGUCAGAGGCUGCCAGAAAGCAUCUGCAAGGCGUCAAUGGUGCAAGUGGGUCUAGUGAAGAUCAUGUUUAGAUGGUGCAGCCUUUUUGUUUUUGAUGUUUUUCUUUUCUUUUCGAUUGCUUACCUAUUGUUGCAACCUCAUGAUUUUGUACGUAUCAGAGUAAGGGAGUUUAGGACUAGAAGUACAAAUGCAUUACAGAGAACAGGUUCAAGGAUAUCUGUGUCUAUACAUAGUAUUCCACAUGCUACUUCCCUCUAUCUGUUCCAUUUCUUGCAUACUUGCUUUGUUAUACAUUUAUACAGAUUUAUGCACUCUUUAUAAGACCUUAACAAGGGGACAACUCAAGGCCAAAUGUCUAUUAAAAUAGGUACUACAGU